AUGUGCACCUCUGUGUCCUCUGUUCUGUGCUGUGCUAUGUGCUGUACUGUGUGCUCUGCUGUGUGCUCUGCUGUGUGCACUGCUGUGUGCACUGCUGUGUGCACUGCUGUGUGCACUGCUGUGUGCUCCGCUGUGUGCUCUGCGGUGUGCUCCGCUGUGUGCUCUGCUAUGUGCUCUGUUGUGUGCUAUGCUAUGUGCUCUGCUGUGUGCACUGCUGUGUGCACUACUGUGUGCACUGAUGUGUGCUCUGCAGUGUGCUCUGCUGUUUGCUCUGCUCUGUGCACUGCUGUGUGCACUACUGUGUGCACCUCUAUGUCCUCUGCUGUGUGCUCUGCUAUGUGCUCUGUUGUAUGCACUGCUGUGUGCACAGCUGUGUGCUCUACUGUGUGCAUUGCUGUGUGCACUAUUGUGAGCACUGCUGUAUGCACUACUGUGUGCAUUGCUGUGUGCUCUGAUAUGUGCUUUGCUGUGUGCUCUGCUAUGUGCACUGUUGUGUGCACUGCUGUGUGCACCUCUGUGUCCUCUGCCCUGCCAGUAGACCUGGGGGGCAAGGCGGGCACGUGGCUUAUGCACCUGGGGCACUCACAGACGCUCAACCAUACUUGCAAGCAUUGGAUCAGGAGAGUGCAGGGGACUGGUGGUGGGGAAGGGACAGGGUCAGAGAUGCAAGGGGGAGGGGCAGAGGCGUUAUGGCAACAAUUGGAGGGGUGGACGGCGGUCUGGGUGAAGGUGGGCGCAGCGCGUGCUGCUGCUGGGCGAGUGGAUGAAGCCGUGCCAAUUCUUGAUAGAGGUGCAUGUGUCGUGUUGGCAGUGGAGGCUGGGAAGCGAAGGGUGGGGUUCGUGUUUGAGGAGGCGGAAGCGUGCUUGUUUUUCUUUCAGUGUUCGUGUGGGCGGUGGAGGCUUGGGAGAGAGGGUUGGAGUGUGCAUGUCUUUCCCCUCUGUGGGUGCCCGCACAAGGCACCCCUACCUGGCCCUCUGCUUUCCCCCCUCCCUUUCUCCUCCUCAACACUCUCUUCCCUUUUCGACACUCACAUUUCCUUCACUGCCUCCUUCCGCCCCCUCUCCUCUUGUCGCUCACACCACUUUCUCCCGUCCAUGGUGGCAUGUCUGCCAUGGCUAUCCCAACCCCACAUGCACCUCUCCUCUGCGCUUGCCCUCACUGGUCGCUUGCCAGAGGUGGUGGCCGUGCUGGAGGGGCCGAGGGGGGGCGAGCAGGAGGGGAGCGAGGGACACGCAGUGGGUGGGGUGGGCGAGGGGGCGAUGAGAAAGAGGGGCGGGGCGGUGUGGUGGAAGCUGGUGGAGGAGCGACUGGACAAGGCCGACAAUGCCAGCAAGUUCCUGGAAGUUGCGCUGCCCAUGGUGUCCCAGUCGAUGUGGGCGAUCGACAAGAACGAGCCGGUGGGUUGGGCAUGGACGCUAAGCAACUUGGGGCUGAAGAACGUGGACGAGCCCACGCUGCACGUGGUGCCGCUUCCUGGAAUCUUCUCAGACGACCAGCAGUUUGGCCUGCUGCUCAAGGUGUGCCGUCCUCUCCCCUUGCCCCUCCUGCCCCACAUUGCCCUGCCUCCUCCCAUGCACCCACCCUCUCCUGCCUCUUCCGAUGAAACCGACUCUGCCAUCUGCCCACAGGACUCCACUCCCUUAAAUAUUCCACAGGGUCCAUAUCUGUUGCAUCAUUGCUGCUCACAACGAGCUCGCCUUUCCCUGGACCCCUUCCCCCCCACCUUCUGGCCAUCACACCCCCCACAGGUGGUGCAGGGUCUGCUGCACGAGGGCCGCCCCAUGGAAGCUGAGCGCCUCGUCGAGACAGCUCUUUCCCAUAAUCUUCCCAAGCCCAUGUGCAAGCAGCUACAGUCAGCUACUGGCGGUCCCCUUGCUGCUGAGCCGGUUCUUCCCCUUGCUGGCUCACUUCCUCUCCUUCACCAUGCUGCCUUUUCGUUGUUUGUUCCAUGCCCUUGCCAUCCGCCCUUGCUUGAGCACCUCCCAUCCGCCCCACAACCAUCUUACUAUGCUUGCAUGCGUGGGCGUGCAGAGGAAGCGAGUGGCAUGCUGCAGUUUGAGGUGGCGAGGGCCAUCAUCAGCGAGCAGCCUCACAGCAUCCGCGGCUGGUCGCUCUUCCACUCCCUCACCCUCAGCUCUGAGAACUGUCCCUCACUGCCCUCCUCCCUAUCGUCUCUCUCGCUCCCGUGUUGCCUGCUGUCACCAGGAGUGGCGCUGCUGAAUCUCUCCCUGGGCUCAUGCCCGCGCGACCGCAGCCAGUGUGUGCUGCAGGGCAUGGUGCUGCUGCAGCAGUACGCCUAG